AUGAAAAUAAAUUCUGAAAAAAAAAAGAAAGAAAAUGAAAAAAGAGAAGAUCCAGAUGAUAAUCGGGAAGAAGGUAGAGGUGGUGGUGGUGAUGUAGAAACAUCUUCAGGUACCUGGAAUAAAACAGCUCCUGUACAAACAUCUGCUCCAGUAGUUGUUACAGAAACCCCAGAACUGACAAUGACUAGAGGCAUGUAUAGGCCUCUUGGGGUCAGGUUGACCACAGCAAGGAAAGCACCACAAGGACCACUAGAAAUCUACAGUGAUACACAGUUCCCAUCCCCGCAGUCCACUGCCAAGCAUGUAGAAAGCCAGAAUAGGUAUUUAAAAUGA